UCCAUAUAUAUAUAUAUAUGCACAUAGGUUUUCAGACAAUUAUGGAGAGGUUACGUCAUACGAAAUGAAUUGAAUUAUACUUUGACAUGACAAAUUGUAAAAAGCAUUCAAAUUUAAAUAAAAGAUUUCGUGUUAGUCAGGGUGUGGCACGAAAUUGAAUAAGAGUAGUCACCUCCUGCUUAUUAACUAACUAAGAAACAUUUAUAUCCUUUCGCUUCGUGAGGAAACACGAAUCCCAAGUUUCUCCAGCAUCGAAACCAUUUGAAAUAAGAAGACAUGAAGGAUUAUAGAAUCUUUGAUAUAAUUCGUGAUGGUGACAUUGAAAAGUUGCAAACCUUAUUAAAGAAGGAGCCAGGCCAAAUUCAACAACGUUUUGUAUCUGGAGUAACUCCUCUAAUGUGGGCCUGUGAAGUGGGCGCCGAUAGAAGAAUAAUCGAGAUUUUGAUAGAAGCAGGAGGAGAGAUCGGAGCAAACGACAAUGAUUGUUGGAGUGCUUUACAUUGUGCUGUGUAUGGGCAUCGACUGCAAGCUGUGGAGCUAUUAAUAGCUCGGGGCAGUAAUGUCAACGAGAAGAACAACUUCGGCUGUACUCCUCUCCAUUUGGCUACGGAAUGGACAGAUGGUGUGAAAGCUUUAAGGAAACAGAGCGCUGUUAAGGUUAAUGCACGGUCUAAUAAUGGUCGCACACCGCUGCACUUGGCCUGUUCGCGGGGACACUUGCACACUGUCGAAAUGUUGUUGGGUCACAAUGGCAUCGAUGCCAAUGUGGUGGACGACAAUGGAGACACACCACUGCAUGUGGCAGUUCAGCGCCAACGCAAUGGUGUUGUGUCUCUAUUGCUGAACCAGGGUUCAUUUCAGGUGGAUAUUCCGAACCAUCAGAGAAUGACACCAUUGCUUGAAGCCGUUUCCCGGGGCCACCUAGGAAUGACACAAAAGUUAAUAGCCCUAGGUGCAAACAUAAAUGCUGUUGAUGGUGAGGGUAACAGCUGUUUGCACAUUGCCGUGAAAACAGAAGUGUUUAAUUCCGAGGAUGCACCCUUGGAUUUACUAAACGAAUGCUGCACUGCCCUUAAGAUGAAAAAGAAAAGAAGGCUCUCUGGUGUAGUGGUUGCGAGAUAUCUCGCCAGGCAGGGAGCGGACUUUUACCAUAGAAACAACAACAAUAACACACCAUUGGAGCUCAUUAAGGACCUAAAUUUGAGAAAAAAAUUAGAAGCAUUUUUACCACCACAGUAAGUAUUUCCUGGCAAUGGAACAAA